CAUAUGUGGUUUGACUUCUCUACUUCUCUUAUGUUUUUACCGCCAUUUUCAAGAACCGCGAUUGGCAUCACCACUAUAGAAUCGAGCAUCUGCUUCACUUCCUACAGAAUUUCAGUUUCUCUAAUGGAGAAAGGACGAUUUCGCGGACAAAUUUUGUCCUGAAUUUUCGAAUCUUGUAUCUGGCAAUGUUCUUCGACCGCGUCAUUCGAUCGAAGCUCUGUUCUCUCUUGCGGCCAUGGCUACAAGAAGAACCAGAGUUGGAGCUCAAAUUAGGGUUCCUGCGAUCACAUGGAAGUGUGGAAAACCUCCAUUUCGACAAUUUUUCUCUCAACCAGUUAAUCGACGAGUCCACAUGCUUAUCUUUUGAAAACGUUAGGGUUAGACAUCUGACCGUUGGAAUUUCUUACUGGUCGGUUCCCGCCUUUUCAGUCGAUGUGCAUGGGGUUGAUAUUGCGCUCUCAGUAAGGAAACCGGUUGAGGAGACAUGUUCGCGUCAGGUGCCGAACUGGACGGACUCAUAUAGUAAGGAGAUGAAUGAGAUUCUUUCUGUGAUUGAUCCACAGGGCACGGCUUUGCAUGAGAGCAUCAGAAGGAUUUCCGUCAUCGAUUCCGCAAGAAAUCAGUUUACCAAUUCUUUUUUAAAUGUUAUACUCAAGCAUUGUCAGUUACGAAUGCAUGAUAUUCAUUUGGAAGUGCAAUUGCCUGACGUAGAUGGUGCAUGUUCAUUGAAGAUAAAGGAACUUAGUCUGGAAGGUCAGAGCCAUGAGCAUGCUUGUUUUCUUAGAGGAUUUGCUGGUGCACUUUUUGUGCCGCAAAGGGACAGCUCUGUGGUUCUUAAUUGUAGAGGUUUGGAUAUUGGACUGAAGAGAGAAGACCAUGUGAACUGUGUUUUUGCUUCCUGGCAUCUUUUCACUUCUGUUAGACUGAUCAAUCUUCAGGUUGUGGACUUUGAUCUUUAUAUACCAGAAUUAAAUUCUACAUUUUCUCCAGCUGAUCUUGCUAUUCUUCUUGCUUUUGAUAUUGCAUCUUCAAAAGCGGUUAAGCAUGCUAGAAAUGGUAGGGAACUAUGGAAAACAGUUGCAAGGAGAAUUGAUUGUCUGACUUCAAGUUCCAGGUUAUCCUUGCAUAAGUUAGUUGAUGUUACUGGCCUAUGGUUACGUCAUGUCCGUGCUUAUGAGUCCCUGCUAUUUCUAGUUGGAUAUUCUUCAGAGAAAAUAUUCAAAAGAUCUGCCAUUAGGAUGUCACAGGACAGAAAAUUUGCGAGCUCUGUUAAGCACCAGUGGAAGGUAAUUUCUGAAAUUGAGAAGAAGCUUCCGAUAGAGGCUGUUGCACGGGCACGGCGAAUAGCACGUCGCAGAGCAGCAUUGCAUGUACAACAUGCUGAAUGUAGCAACUCUGAGUUAGUAGGGAAUAUUUAUACCAAAUUCUUCUCAUUGCUCUCACUUAUUUGGAAAAAUAUGUGCUGUCUAUUCUAUUCGGUAACAAAUUUCUUUUUCCUGGGUAAGGUCUUGGAUCAAGAUCAACAAGAAGGGCCUCCUGAAGUUGUUUCUCAAGAUUCCUCUUUGCAACGUUGUUUCAGUUUAUACCUUGGAAAAUUUUCAUUUACUCUCUCCCCUGCAAGUUCCUUUCACCAUCUUGAUGCUGAAAAUUCAGGGUUGCAUAUUCAAAUCUCUCAUUUUGAUUUACUUUCAUUUUGUCUGGAAACUGAAGUAUUGUUCUUGACUUAUGCAACAUGCAACACGAAGCAGUCUCUAUCCUUGACUUGUGGGGAUUUAAAAGUUAUCCCUUUGUUAUAUUCUGGAUUUCCCAUAAUGAAGAAAAAAUUGAGGAAAGAAGCAAACCACUCUUUCAAAGAACACAUAAUGGAGAUAAUUAAUGAUUCAGGGGCAAUUCUUUGGAGUGAGCCUGCUCCACAAUUUAUUGUCUCAGAAGAUAUGACCGAUUCUGCUGAUUCUACUUGUACCCAUUCUGUCUUACUUUUGAAAAAUAUUUUAGAAGAAAUGUGGUCAACGUGGAAAAGAACUUGCAAAAAAGUUGGCAAAAAAGUCGGGGAAAGUAACACUGAAAAUUUGGAGAACCCUUUCCUUCUCUGUGAGAUCAAAAGCUCUUUAAUGGAUCCAUGCUUGGAGCAGCCAGAUUCUGGGCUUUGGAAAUGUGUUUUGACCAUGGGAAAGCUAAACUGUCAUGUAGGGUACUCAUCUGUAAUGUCAAUCGCUCUGCUAAUAUGGCAGCUGCAACAUUCUCUUCUUUUUACCAGUCGAAAUGAGAUGCCAAGGCCUUGUCCACUUUCUGUUAGAAAUGAUGGUGAGCCAACAAAAUUCAAAUGGAAAGAUUAUUAUGAGUCCUACACUGGUGGAAUGAAGAUGGCUUUACUUAGGGUGAUUCCAGAGGAAAACAUAGAAGUUGGAGUACUCAUAGCUGGUGCUAAUAUCCGUUUAUCAUUGAACGAAGAAGGUAUACUUGGUGGCAGAGAACAGGAUGUCAAACGUGUUGCUACUCAAGACCUUGUUGAUUUAUUCCUUGGGUUAGAUCUCCAUGGAAUUGAACUUGCUGUUUGGCCAACAUCCGGAGCUGAAUUGGAAGCAGGGGCUGGUGAACCAAGAUUAGAUGGUGUGCGAUUGGGGUGCAGCUGGUUGAAGAGACCUCAACCAGUAGAUAUUCCUAAAGCAGAUCCGAAUGAUAGUUAUAUCUCUAAAGGGAAGAUUGUACUAGAUUCUUGCUUGAAAAUUAACGGUUUAAAUGUUUACUUGGAGGAUUUUGAAAAAACUCUACAGUGUCAAGUAUUUGUAUUACCACAGAUAACCAUCCAGUACUCAUCCUGCAGGGACUCUUUUUACUCAUUCACAACAACCUUUUCUGCUUUAUCAGUGGCUUUGUCUAUGGUGAUUAUGGGGUUCACUGUUUUAUCGUACAUAGAUGAGCUGUCCAUUUUCUUCAAGGUGAAUCAAUGAUCUUAUUUCCCUUUCAGGAUAGGAUGUCAAACUGUCAUUAUUCUCUCUCUCGUUUUUUUUUUUUCUUUUGGGUAGAACCAUUAUUAUCUCUCAUUUUCACCCACAGUGAUCUUGGAUACUACUUUUUUUUUUCUUAUGAUGCUUGGAUGCUUCCUCCUCUCUGUUCGGAAUUAAUAGCCCCUCACUUAAGACAUGUUGUUUUCAUUAGUGAUUUGUUUUGGGAGAAGGGUUAUUGAUAUUCAGUAUAAAAUUCUUUUGAUUGGUGACUUAGUUGUUACAUAAAGAAAGCGAAAGAAGAUACAUAAAGGGAACGUCCUCCCUAAAAGGAACAAAAAAUUGUAGCAGUGGAGAUUGAGAUGAAUAAGCUAAAUAUUAGCACACAGGAACAGACUGAGUUUAGUGAUCCCU